GCGGGUUUCCGUUUCUCAUCUGUAUUCCUAGUUCCUACCGACCUCAAUUGUUUAAUUGAACAAAAAACCCUAAUUUCUCUCUCGACUACUAUCUAACAUUAAUGGCUUUGUGCAUGUAACCUUUGUUUCCGUGGUGCUUAACUUUGAAUUGGAACACCGAUACAGGAUAUUGCCAUAUCUUAAAGAUGCAAAGUGUUUUUAUUAUUAUUUAAUCGUCUAGCUCAGUUUUUAUUUAUCGGUGUUCGUGCUUUGAGCCCUUGACAACCGAUCUGUUGCUUUUUUCCGAGGAUCCCAUCGAUCUUGUACAGGGGUGUAUUAUUUAUAGAAUAGAUUAGUUUUCUUUGAAAUUCCAAAGGCUUCUGCAAUGGCAAACCUACAGGAAGCAGGGGAGAUCGUGAUUUCGUCUAUCAGGUCUGGAAUGAAACGCGAAUUCACAAUGCUGAUGAAGGCUCGACCUAAAUGUGGAAUAUCUAUAGGUCAGAAGAGGGCUUCCCGGUUGCCGAAUGUGGCUUCGAAUGGGGGAACUUCCAGAAGCUCCCCAUAUUGUAGUAGGACAAAGAAUUCUAUUGCAAAAAAGCGGAAGGGUUCAGAUGUGGUCACGUCUCAACACAGCACGCCUCAGCUUGAUGAGAAAUUAGACCACACUGAGGUCAUGGCAUGUGAUAAUGGUGUUGAAAAGGUAGAAGUCCUCCCUCUAAAAGGCGAAUGGGAGGAGACGAAGAGUGAUGUUGUUGAUGGUGUUAGUGAUGAUGAUCAGAAGGGUACUUCACUGGACUCAAAAACUGGAGAACAAGAGGCCGUAUGUUCUGUGAAAAGAGAGGAGUUGAAGUGUUUAAAUGGAUAUGAGAAUGAAAGGGCUAUAGUUGUAGAUGUUGAUGAGACAACAGUGCAUGUGGAUAAAUCUGGUAAUGAGGGUGAGAUUAUCGGUAUGGUAGAUAGUAAAGGUGUUUUUCAUAAAGAAAAUUCCAAAAAUGGAGAUGUUAAUGAGAAAAGGGUGCUUGCUGAUAAAUCUUGCUACGAUGAACAAAGUGUCAGGUCGGUGAACACAGGUGUUGAAAUUAUCAAGGAAACAGUAAUUGAUGAAAAUAUAUCUGAGAAGUUAAUGAUUGGUAACAAGUAUGGCCGUGAGGAGCAUCAUGAUGGCUUAGUGAAACCAACAAUGGAAGAUAUUCCCAUGUCAGAGGAUUGCAAGACGAAAAAUGAAGCAAUUUCUGCUUACGAUAGGUCACUGGCAAUUGCUCUUGGGAGUGCUGAGAACCCAUUGAUGCGAACUACUCGGUCAUCUUUGAAGCCAAAACAGGGGCUGGUGGCUGAAGAUAUAAAGAUGGAAGAUGCUAUGGAAUGUGAUGGGCCAAGUUCCAUUGCUACAACAUCAAAGCUUGAAAUGAAAAUGUCAAAGAAGGUUGUAUUGGAAAAGACUCCAACAAGGCUGAGACAGCUUCUUGAGACUGGUUUGCUUGAAGGAUUACCUGUUCGCUAUGUGCGUUCUUCGAAGACUAGAGGAUUCUCUUCACCAGAGCUCCAAGGAGUCAUCCGGGGAUUUGGAAUAUUGUGCUACUGUCAAGACUGUAAUGGAUCUAAAGUUGUUUCUCCAAAUCAAUUUGAAAUCCAUGCAGGCAGUGCAAAUAAACGUCCAUCAGAAUAUAUAUAUUUAGAUAACGGAAAAACUCUUCGUGAUGUAUUAGUGGCAUGCAAGGAUGCUCCUGCUCAUGCAGCUGAAUUUGUAAUUCGAAAUGCUUCUGGUGUUGGAGAUGCCAAAAUAUCUCUUUUUUGUCUUAACUGCAAAGUUUCUUUGCCCGAGGCUGCUCUCCGUAGUCAAAGCCUUCAAUGUGAUUCAUGUAUGACUUUGCAAAAGUCACAAUCUACCCCUGUUCAAGCUAGUGAUGCUAGUAGCAGGUCGACUUCAUCAAAUCUUGUUUUGAAGCCCACCGGGACUUGCCCCCGUACCAAGCUUCAUGGAAGAUUAACUAGGAAAGACAUCCGAAUGCAUAAACUGGUAUUUGAGGGAGAUAUCCUGCCAGAUGGAACUGCAUUAGGUUAUUAUGUUCGAGGAGAGAGAUUGCUUGAUGGCUAUAAGAAAGGUUCAGGAAUAUUUUGUUAUUGCUGUCAUAAAGAGGUAAGCCCUUCACAAUUUGAGGCUCAUGCAGGAUGUGCGUCACGCCGUAAACCAUACUUGAACAUCUAUACUUCCAAUGGAGUGUCAUUGCACGAGUUGUCUAUCAAACUUUCAUUAGAGCGCAAAUCAGCAUUGGAAGAAAAUGACGAUCUAUGCUUCAUUUGUGCUGAUGGAGGUGAUCUUGUGUGUUGUGAUAAUUGCCCAAGAGCUUUCCAUGCAGUGUGUGUUUCCCUGCCAAGUAUACCCACUGGUACCUGGUAUUGUAAACAGUGUGAGAAUAUGUUCACCAAAGAAAAGUUCGUGAAACACAACGUAAAUGCUAUUGCUGCUGGGAGGGUUGCUGGAAUUGAUGCAUUAGAACAAAUUACCAAACGUUGCAUUCGAAUUGUCGACACUCUCCAUGCAGAAGUUAGCGUUUGUGUGCUUUGCAGGAGUCAAGAUUUCAGUACAUCAGGGUUUGGUCCCCAGACAGUUAUUAUCUGUGACCAGUGCGAGAAGGAAUAUCAUGUCAAGUGUCUUGAAGAGAAUAAUAUGGAUGUUCUUAAGGAAUUGCCAAAGGAUAAAUGGUUUUGUUGCGGAGAGUGUAGUAGCAUUCAUUAUGCUCUGCACAAACUUUUGUCAGAAGGAGAACUGAGCCUUCCCGACCCUCUAUUGCAAAUUGUAAAGGAGAAGAGCGAGGGGAAGAAUUUGGAGGACAAUUCUGUUCAUGAUGUAAAAUGGAGACUUCUCAGUGGGAAAACGUCAUCCGGGGAAACAAGGGAGUGGCUUUCUAGUGCUGUCUCAAUUUUCCAUGAUUGCUUUGACCCCAUUGCUGAUUCCAGUACUAGCCGCCUUGAUCUGAUACCAACCAUGGUCUAUGGAAAGAAUUUCAAGGAUCAAGAUUUUGGUGGGAUGUUAUGUGCAGUACUAUUGGUGAACUCAACAAUUGUAUCUGCUGGAGUUAUUCGGAUAUUUGGCAAGGAAUUGGCAGAACUCCCUUUGGUUGCCACUCGUCUUGAUUGCCAAGGAAAGGGGUACUUCCAGUCAUUGUUUUCUUGCAUCGCGAGUCUUCUGAAAUCUUUGGGGGUGAAAUCUCUGGUGCUGCCUGCAGCAGAGGAAGCUGAAUCUAUUUGGACGAAAAAAUUUGGAUUCAACAAGAUGACUCCAGAAGAGCUGAAGCAAUACAGAAAAAGCUAUCAAGUGAUGAUUUUUCAUGGAACAGCAAUGUUGCAAAAGCAAAUUUCAUGAAAGAGCAAUGUAGGUGGAGGGGUGGAGCUUUUUGUCAUUGUAAAUCAAUUUUGAAGUGCUGAAUGGGAUGAUAACGUACAGUUUGGUUUUUUGUGUGUAUAUAAAUGGCUAAACAGCAUGGGUUUGAUAAGUACAUAUGUGGUGCUUUCUUUUGGAAAAUAGAUGAAAUAUAUAGAUUAGGAAAUAUGGAGCGGAUGGAUGUCAAUCUAUUCGCUAAUCUGCUGCUCUGCUGCCCCGAUGUGAUUAAGAGGAAUCGAAAAGUUAUCAGUGUUUUUUGCUAGAAUCUUAUUCCCGGCUUUGUUGUUAAAACAAAGAAAUAAUACUCUUAUUUUGUUAAUAUUUUUUUUUACAUAUUGAGUUCUUUCUUACUUUCUA